ACUGGCAUACGAAGAGACCUGAUCUACAUCCUCACCUGACUGAAUAUAUAAUCGCACACACACAUUUAUAUAUCUAUAUACAUCAACACCAUAUACACACCAUACGUAUACUUAUAUACUUACACCAUCUGGAUAUUGAAUAGAGGAACUAUGCCAGCUGGUGUGUCUUGGUUUUCCUACCUGAAGCAUGCCACCGUUGCAAUGCUCUUCAUGAUGGCAGGUGCACAAACUGUUCACCUGGUUUACCGACCUUUAGAUGACUUAGAGGACUUAGUGAAAGCAGAAAAAGAAAAGUUACAGCUUAAACAGCCUAGCAGCAGUAACAACAUCAACAACAACAACAACAACAACACCAGCGACAGUCCUACCGUGACAGAUUCACAAGGGCCUCCCUCAUAAUCUCUGUAUUUUAGUGUUCCCGUAUGCAAGUGCAAAGGGGUUACAUUGGAAAGGCACACUACUGCUGAACAAACCAAAGAAAUAACCUGUAUGUGGUUGCAUGCCCUAGAAAUAGCAGCCACGUCCCUCCUUCUCAAACUACACCUUCCUGUCUUGAACAAAAAAAAUUUUUUUAAUUAAAAGAAAAGAAAAAAAAUAGAAUCAGAUUUGAGAUUGAAGUAGAUUUUUUUAAUCUGAUUUCUAAUUUUGUCAAGAAUUUUGCUAAAAUAGGGAAUUUAAAUUGAAAUUAUUUUUAUUGUGGUUUUAUGCGGCCCCCAUGUGGUUUUGCGUCUCUCCAACAUUGACCACUUCACUGAAAGUUUAACACAGCUGAAAUAAAUAAAUUCGAGUUAUCUGUGUGUAUGUGAUAAUGGCCCCAGAUUAUCUAUGGUUGAGCUGACCUUUUGAGAUUAACCAAUACAUGCUUUGCGAAUAGCAGUAAUUCUUGAGACCUGUCAUAACACCAAUGGUGUUUCCGAGGCAAACUGUUUUAUUAACUUCAAAAAAAUGAAGUGAAUAACAACCAGUGUGUGUAUUUGUAUUGGCAGAAUGACCGAUCCUCUUAAGCCUUCAGCAUUCAUGUUAUUCUAUCAAAUGUAAUGUUUAUUUAUUCACAUUUUGUAAAAUUAAUGAUAUACAUUAAAUUGUAGCUUCAAGAUUU